AUGGAAAGCGCCUCGGCGGCGUUGGAGGGCGACGACAAGCACCCUCCCCAGACGGCAUCUACGACGUGGUCGAUCUUGGACACGGAGCGGCGCUGGAGCAGCAGCAAAGCGGCUGAUAGAGAGGCAGCUGCCGCUACGCCUACCCCGCAGCAUCGCAACCCUUAUGGAAGCAACACCGAGAGGCCGGACUCUUAUGGCUCUGGAAAUCGAGCGCCUACAGAUUCUGGCAGUUACUCUCAGUUCUCGUCUGGCUCAUCUGUGCUGGCGGGCGAUUAUUGGCCCAAGGUAGAUUCCGACGAAUCCGAUGAGGCCAGCCCAAGCAAAACCGUCGAACCAGUACAAAAACCAAAAAAGUCCUCUACCAAGAGAUUCUUCCGGUACUUGUCCAAGAAACUAGGAGCUUCGGCGCCGAGAUAUGGCCACCUCCCCAAUGAUGAGCGAGAACACGACAGAAAUGAAAUCCAGCACAGAGUCGUAUUAGACCUGUUUGAAGACAAGUACCAUUUGGCACCGGUGUCCAAUCCCAGGAGAGUGUUGGAUGUUGGUACAGGACCUGGAACGUGGGCAAUAGAAUAUGCGGAACGACACCCACAGACUACAGUAAUAGGCAUCGACAUUGAGUAUGUCAGGCCUCACUCGUCCAAGCCAAAAAACUGCACCUUUAUGGUCAUGGACGCGACCAAGGAUUGGGAGUUUGAAGAGGGAUUUGACCUGAUCCACGUCCGCAUGUUAGGAGACAUGCAGGCAAAGGGCCACCUGGUCGAAUCCAUAUACUCUAAUUUGAACCCCGGGGGUUGGGCCGAGUUUACAGAGUGGAUUGUUCACAUACAGAGUCCGGAUCAUUCCCUGGACGGCGGCGCCUUCAUGAGAUGGAACAAGAUACUUCGUAAAGGCCUUCGAGAGCUCGGUUCAUCUGUGUUCUAUCCACUCGAGUACAGGCGCAUACUAGCACUGACUGGAUUUAUAAACAUACAAGAAAACAAAUAUGCGGCCCCGACAAACGCCUGCUACCCAGGCAAGAGGCUGCAGCGCAUUGGCAAUUUGAUGACUAGGAACUGGCUUAGCGUACUUGAGCCAUUAUCGAUGCCGGUUUUUGGGGCCUUGGGAUGGUCACAGGAAUCCCUUGAUCAUCUUAUCGACGACGUCAAGAAAGAAAUCGUUGAUCCCAAGUUCCAUUCCUACAUGACCUUAAUGACCGUUUCCUGCCAGAAGCCAAUGAGCGACUCGGCUGCUUCCUCCAGCAUCUCCUUCACAGUUCCACAGCCGUCCAAAUGA